AUGAAUCAGUUGACAGUCAAUCAAUUAACAGUUCUCCUCUGGAAAAAUUUUACAUUAAAGAAGAGGCAGACCAUUAGUACAAUAACAGAAGUCUUGGCAGCAUUGUUGUUUGUAAUAAUGUUGUUGAUAUUCCGUGCACUUACUGAUAUGAAUGUUGCUGGACCGUAUCAUUUCACUCCUCAACGCAUUGCUACCAUGCCUUCUUUCAUCAAAGAUGCUCAGGAAUGGGAAUUGAUUUACAUACCUUCUGAUAUUGAUGUGGUAACAGAAAUCAUUGAGGAUGUAAAGAGGAAUCUCAACACCACUAUAAAAGUUCGGGGUUUUCCUACAGAAGCUGAAUUUGAGGAGUACAUUCUGUUUGAUUAUAUGUCUCAGAGAGUACUGGCUGCUGUUGUUUUUGACUGUGGCUUCAAAAACAAAAAUGAUCCUCUGCCACUUCAGGUAAAAUAUCACUUGCGUUUUGUUGGUGCACAGAGGACCAUCUGGUGGCCAGACAAGAUAGGCUGGAACACAAGACUUCUCUUUCCUAAUCAUCCUUCUAUACAACCCAGGAAUCCAAAUUUUCUUGAUGGAGGAAGUCCUGGGUAUAUCAAAGAAGGAUUCCUGGCAGUGCAGCAUGCCUUGGACAAGAGCAUCAUGCUGUAUCAUGAAAGCAGUGCUGGGAAAAAGCUGUUUGAUGAAAUUGAAACUCUGAUACAGAGGUUUCCAUACCCAAGUCAUCCUCAGGAUAAACUACUUUGGAUCUCCAGUCCUUUCAUCCCGUUAAUGUUCAUACUCAUGUUCUCUUCCAUUGUCCUUUCCAUCAUGCGAUCCAUUGUGUUUGAAAAGGAAAAACGAUUAAAGGAGUACCAACUCAUAAUGGGGCUUACAAAUUGGAUCAUCUGGAUUGGCUAUUUCUUCACGUUCUUCCCUUUAUAUGUCAUCAUUAUUCUUUUAAUAUGUAUAUUACUCUUUAUUGUAGAGGAGCCAAUCUUGCGCUACAGUGACUGUAGCUUCAUCUUUGUAUUUCUUACAUGUUAUGCCAUCGCAUCCAUAUGCUUUGCCUUUAUGGUUAGCACGUUCUUCAGUAAAACUCGUUUGGCUGCUUCUGCUGGAAACCUCCUAUUUUUUGCCAGUUUCUUUCCCUAUAACUUCAUCUCUGAAUACUAUGGAAUGUUGGACCUUACUACCAAGAUAGCUGCCUGUCUGAGUGCAAAUGUUGCUUUGGCACUGGGGAUUAAUAUUUUAAUCAAGUUGGAAAUACAAGAGAUUGGUGUUAAAUGGCACAACCUUUGGACACCAGCCAAUCUUGAGGAUAACCUCAACUUUGGCUAUAUGCUUGGAAUGCUUUUGUUUGAUGCUUUCUUAUACAGCCUGGUUACCUGGUAUGUAGAAGCUGUCUUUCCAGGACAGUGUGGUGUGGCUCAACCAUGGUACUUUUUCCUUAUGCGCUCAUAUUGGUUUGGCAAAUCAAAAAUUAGAAAGACUACAGAUGAGACAAAGUGCUUCCCCGUAGUGCAUAACUGUUAUGAGGCUGAACCUACCAACAUGGAGGCAGGAAUCCAGAUCAAGCAUUUGCACAAGGAAUUUAAAAAUAAGCCUGCAGUAAGCAACUUGUCACUGAACAUAUAUGAGGGACAGGUCACUGUUCUUCUGGGACACAAUGGAGCAGGAAAGACCACAACCUUGUCUGUUCUCACAGGUGUGUAUUCAUCUGCAUCCAAGAUAAAGGCCUAUAUUAAUGGAUAUAAUAUUUCAGAUAACAUGAUUGAAAUUAGAAAAAACUUGGGCUUUUGCCCUCAACACGACCUAUUGUUUGAUGAUUUGACACUAUCAGAACACCUUUUUUUCUACUGUAUGGUAAAAGGAAUACCUCAAAACAUACACUGUAUGGAAGUUGACCGUAUGCUGUCUGCUUUUAACCUGCAAGAAAAUUACCAUACAUUAUCAGGCUUAGUGAGUGGAGGAGUGAGGCGCAAACUCUCCAUCAUUUUAGCACUUAUGGGAGGCUCCAAGGUAGUGAUACUUGAUGAACCAUCAUCUGGCAUGGACCCAGUGUCAAGAAGGGCCACCUGGGAUAUCCUUCAGUAUUAUAAGCAGAAUCGGACCAUUUUACUAACCACACACUACAUGGAUGAAGUUGACGUCCUGGGUGACCGCAUUGCCAUCAUGGUCAGGGGGACCUUGCACUGCUGUGGCUCUUCAGUAUUCCUGAAACAAAUAUAUGGUGCUGGAUAUCAUAUAGUCUUGGAGAAGGAACCACACUGUGACGUUGAAAGUAUCGUUGCAAUGGUUCAGCAGCAUAUUCCAGAUGCUAAGUUGGAAAAUGAUAUAGGAAAUGAAUUAUCAUUUAUCUUACCCAAAAAGUAUGUAUCAAGAUUUGAAACUUUGUUUACAGAGUUGGAAAUGAGACAGAAAACACUAGGCAUUGCCAACUUUGGAGCUUCAAUCACUACAAUGGAAGAGGUUUUCCUUAAGGUCAAUAAGCUGGCAGCUCCUCAAAGGACUAUUCAGACUGUCCAACCCUAUUACUUGACAUACAAAAAGAUGAGACAAGAUGACCAGCAGAAUGUGAAUAUGCUCAGAAAUUACAGCAAACCAAAUUUUCCCUAUUUGAGUGAAAUUGCUACUGUUAAAUUUAACACUGGGGUCCCACUUUACCGCCAACAAUUUUAUUCCAUGUUUAUAAAAAGAGCACUAUUCAUUAGCCGCAACUGGAAGUUGAUGUUUUUACAGAUAAUAGUAGUUUUGGUUGUCACUACAUAUCUCUUAUUAGCUCUGCAUUUAGAUGAUAAUGAUAUACCUGAAAGGGAACUGAAUUUGAGUCACUAUGGUAGAACCAUUGUACCUUACUCAGUUUCAGAGAAUUCUGAUUUGGCUCUGAAUCUCAUAAAAAACCUGAAGAUUUUUCUAAAGUCAAAGAAUCAAAGCUUAAGAAAAAUAAAAGGUGAUAUGAAUGAUUACAUAUUAGAAAAUAAAGAUUGUCGUACCUUCUGCAUUGUUGCACUUUCUAUUACAGUUGAGAAAAACAAAACAGUGCUCACUAUUUUCUUCAAUAAUGAAGCAUACCACUCACCUGCAAUAUCCCUGUCACUAUUAGACAGCAUUCUUUUUAUGAUACUUUCUGGCCCUAAUGCUUCCAUUACUGUCUUCAAUAAGCCUCAACCUCUCCCUCAUUAUGGUUCGAACACAGUGCCUGUAAAUGGAUUACAAAUUGUACAGUGUUUAGCUUUUGGCAUUUCUGUGGUGGUCGGGUCUUUUAGUAUCCAGACAGUGACUGAAAGAAUCAGUCAAGCCAAGCAUAUCCAGUUUCUGUCUGGGGUCUGUGUACAUACUUACUGGCUCUCUGCCUUGUUGUGUGACCUCAUCUUCUUCUUCAUCGCCUGCUGUGUAUUACUGGGCAUAUUCAAAUUCUGCCAGCUGGAGGCAUUUGUUGUGCAUUACAACUUCCUGGACACGAUUAUGAUUUUUAUGCUCUAUGGUUGGUGUGUUGUUCCUCUCACUUAUCUUGGAUGCUUUCUGUUCAAUAGUAGCACUGCUGCCUACAUCAAAACAACGCUGUUUAACUACUUUUCAACUAUGUUCAGUAUCAUCAUUUACACUAUCAUACAAUUUUAUGGUAAUGAAUUUCCUAGACUUGUCCACAUCCUCAUAAAGACAACUUUAAUGACACUGCCUAGUUACAAUCUAGCAAUGAGUAUCAGCAAGUAUUUUGAUGACUAUGAGGUGAAAAGACUAUGUGCUAGGGAAUUCAGAAGCAUUUAUGUGGAUUGCAGUGAACCAUACACUCAGAACAACGUGUAUGGUUUUGGAGAGCAUGGAAUUGGGAAGUUUCUGCUCACACUGGCUGCCAUGGGCUUGGUUUUUCUCCUCUUGCUUUUAUCCCUGGAGUCUCUUUCCUGUAGUCUGAAGAACUUUGUCUUUCGAAACAUUAUCUUUUAUCUCUACAAUAAGUUCAGAAAAGGCAGGCAUGCUGUAGUAACUCAGCAGAGAACCAAAGAAGAUGAGGAUGAAGACAUAAGAAAAGAAAAGAGAAAAGUCUUUACACUGCUGCUCAGGUUACAGAACACCCCAUUGGUCCUUAAUGAAGUUACAAAGAUUUAUUUUAAGUGUCCUGUUGUCAAGGCUGUGAAAAAUAUCUCCCUUGUAGUCAGGAAGUCGGAGUGCUUUGGAUUGCUUGGAUUAAAUGGAGCUGGAAAAACUACUACAUUCAAAAUGCUGACUGGAGAACAGACUAUCACCUCCGGAAUUGCAUUUAUUGAUGGCCAUAGUGUCAUUAAAAGCUCAAGAAAGAUUAGGUCAAGAAUUGGUUACUGUCCUCAGUCUGAAUCUGUGAUGAACCACAUGACAGGCCGGGAAUCGUUGGUCAUGUACGCUAGGUUGUGGGGAGUCCCAGAGCAAGACAUUAAUGAGUAUGUGGAAGCCUUUCUGCAUUCAGUGCACUUGGAACCAAUUGCUGACCAGUUUAUCCACACAUACAGUGCUGGAAGCAAACGUAGGCUAAGCACUGCUAUUGCCCUAAUGGGAAAGUCUUCAAUUGUCUUCCUGGAUGAACCAUCUACUGGCAUGGACCCAGUAGCUCAGCAUCUGCUCUGGGACACAGUUGCAUGUGUCUGUAAGACUGGUAAAGCUAUCGUCAUAACUUCCCACAGAAUGGAAGAAUGUGAGGCCAUCUGUUCUAGGCUGGCCAUCAUGGUGAAAGGGAGGUUUACAUGCCUAGGCACACCCCAGCAUGUCAGAAAGAGGUUUGGUCAUGUAUACACUCUAACAGUAAAGAUCAAUAUUGCUAAGGACGAAGAUAAAGUACAAGAGUUCAAACGUUUCAUUAAAGCAACUUUUCCAGGUAACAUCAAAUACCAGGAAUUUCAUGGGACUAUUGGCUACUAUAUUCCAAGCAAGGAAAUCUGCUGGGGAAAGGUAUUUGAAAUUUUGGAGGAAGCUAAAGUGCUGUUCAAGUUAGAAGACUAUUCUGUCAAACAAGUAACCCUGGAACAUAUCUUUCUGACCUUUGCCAAUACUGAUAAAUAUCAGGAAAUAAAGCUGCAGUAA